GGGGCAGGGCCCGCUGCGAGCAUCCUCCGGCCGCGGUGCCUCGCUGCGCUCCCCGCUGGGGCAGGAGUGGCAGGUGUCCCAGGCCAGACAGCCCGGGACCUUCCGGAGCGCCCGCCCGGCGGCGGCUUAGCGGAUCCUGCCGUCCAUCAGCCGCGAGUCGGGAGCUGCUGGCGGCGGCUGCUGGAGGACCUUUCGGUCCCUUUCUUGCCCCCUCAUCACCGCCACUGCGGGAGCGAAGGGAAGACCUAAAAGCCCGGGCGAGUGGCGGGAGGAGAUUAUGGCAACGUGAGCGGGAAACGGAGCCGUCUGGCCGGAGCCCUCCCGUACCCCGGCGCAGCGGAGCGAGCGGAACAGCGCGACUCCCGCAGCCGAAGCCGCUGUCGGCGGUGUCCAGGGUCCGAGGCUAAUCGGGACGACCUUCAGCCCUACCCCAGCACAACAUUCUCUACUUUGGUCGCUCUUCUAUUCCUUUUGUCAAUAAAGAUGAGAAGGAAGUGGAUAUUGGAAGAUUUUCAUGUUAUUUUUUUUGGUGUGCUCUGUCUCCUUUUCAUAGAUGGAGGUAAACUAGAACAAGUGAAACAUUCAGAUACAUACUGUGUGUUUCAAGAUAAGAAGUACCGUGUAGGCGAAAGAUGGCAUCCUUAUCUAGAACCCUAUGGCCUUGUGUACUGCAUUAACUGUCUCUGCUCAGAGAAUGGAAAUGUACUGUGCAGCAGAGUAAGAUGCCCAAGUCUACAUUGUCCUUCCCCUGUGCAUGUACCGCAGCUCUGCUGCCCACGGUGCCCAGAGGACUCCCUGUUCUCAGUAAGCAGCAAGAUCACUGGGAAAUCCUGUGAAUACAAUGGCACCACCUACCAUCAUGGUGAAAUGUUUGUGGCAGAGGGGCUUUUCCAAAACAGGCAAGCAAACCAGUGUGCCCAGUGCAGCUGCUCAGAAGGAAAUGUGUACUGUGGGCUGAAGACAUGUCCUAAAUUAACAUGCUCUUUCCCAGUGUCUGUUCCAGAGUCCUGCUGUCCAGUUUGCAGAGGAGAUGGAGAAUUGUCGUGGGAGCAUUCUGAUGGAGAUAUCUUCCGGCAGCCAGCCAACAGGGAGGCCAGACACUCAUACCAUCGCUCCCACUAUGACCUGUCACCCAGCUCAGCAAGGCAGGUAGUCAACAUUCCACGAUUUCCCAAUGCCAGGAGUAAUCGUGGAGUCCUACCAGAUCCCCAGCAAGCUUCAGGAACAAUAGUACAGAUUGUCAUCAACAACAAGCAUAAGCAUGGACGAGUUUGUGUUUCAAAUGGCAAAACGUAUUCACAUGGUGAAUCUUGGCAUCCUAAUCUCCGGGCCUUUGGAAUUGUAGAGUGUGUGUUGUGCACCUGCAACAUCACCAAACAAGAAUGUAAGAAAAUUCAUUGUCCAGAACAAUAUCCCUGCAAAUACCCUCAGAAAGUAGAAGGAAAAUGCUGUAAAGUCUGCCCAGAAGAAGUGCCAAGUCAGACCUUUGAUAACAAAGAUUACUUCUGUGGGAAAGAGACCUUUCCUGUCUAUGAGUCCAUUUUCACAGAGGAAGGAGAAACCAUCAGAAAGAUUGCAGUAGAGACUGAAAAACCACCUCAAAUAGAAAUACAUGUAUGGACAAUUAGAAAAGGGAUUCUGCGUCACUUCUAUGUAGAAAAAAUGUCCAAGAGAGAAUUUGAAGAGCUUCCUUACUUCAAGCAGAUAACAAGGACAACUCCUAGCCAGUGGAAAAUAUUUAGCGAGGGAGAAGCUCAGAUCAGCCAAAUGUGUGAAAGCAGAGUGUGCAGGACUGAGCUUGAGGACUUGGUGAAGGUUUUGUACCUUGAAAAGUCUGAAAAGGGUCACUGUUAAGGGAGACAGCACUGGAGGGAGAAACACAAGAAAACUUAUGAAAACUUGGAUCUGCAGCUGGACUGCAGGCUUGUUUUGCUUAAGUCAACAGUUGCCCUAAAAACCAAAACUAUAAUGCAGUAAUUAUUCACAUCAUGCACAGCAAAUUUGCUGCUUUAUGUGUAGUGGUCUGUGUCAACCGUUCAAAUAUCUCCUCCAAAAGACUAGGAGGCUCUGUAUUACUGGUGGGGGAAGGAGAAAGAGAGAGUGUACUUUCCCAGAGUUGCAUUGCUUUACAAGUGAAAAUGAGAGAAGAGAACAUUUUUAUUAUUAUUAUUUGGCACGUUAUUCAAACUAAUGAAAAGAAGGACACUUAAUGAAAGUGCAGGAGCUAUGGAGAGCAUUACUGCCUGCACUGAAUUUAUAGAAUUUCUGGUGUUGAAAUAACUCACAGAAGUUUUUUGGUAGUGGAGGAAAAAUACAAGUGAUUCAAUACUUGUGUUGGAGACAUAAACAGAUUUGAACUAACAAAUUCCUAAGCAGCCUGCCUUUGAGAUGAUGUUUUGUAGUACAGCAAACUGAGUCCAUAAACUGGUCAGCAGGUGUUAGUGGCAGUCACUGUAUUUUUGUAGCAAUUUGAGCAAAUGUUCGCUUUUAAGUGGUUUUCACUGUUUCCUCCACCCACUUCUCUACAAAAUGUGAAGUAUUAGCUUCCAGUCACAGCCUUAAUAACUGUAUUCUUCUGGGCCCUAUUAACACGUGGUCCUAGCUGAUAAAGUGCUUUCUAAAGUGUUGUGGCAGAAGGUGGUGAAGUACCUGCAGGACUUUAAAAACACCUAGAGGGUUAAACUUCCUGAUUAGUGACUCUUCAAGACCUGUGACAGCACUUAACUUAUUUGUUGGGAUUUGUAACAAACCUCAUCUCCUGCGUUUUUCUGAGGGUGACCUCUGAGUUCUCAUGCUUCACGGACUUCUCUCUCCCAUAACCAACACCGAACAGCUACAGCAAGCCUUGAGAACAUAGCAGCUCUGUGAAAAUGGUUGUGUUUGUGAAAAACAAACCUGAGAGAUUCUGUUAGCUUUGGUGUUGCAUGUCUACAGUGUGCUUAAGAAAGGUGGCUCUCAUCUGCAGAAAAAGUACAAGUCGAAAAACCUUUUCUCUGAAGAGCCACCAAAAAUACUGCACUGCCUCACAGCUGCGACGUUAGAUUAAAUGCCAAGAAGCAAGGGACUCUGCCUGCUUUUGCUCCCAUUUUCUACUCUACUGCUGUUCAAACACAUGCUAGGAAACAAAGCUUUACGAAAAUGGUUUGAGCCAGGGGCUGGGUCUUCAGAGAGAGUGAAAUGAACAGUGACAGCAAGGAUUUUGAGGUUUGUCAUUCUGCCAGGGACAGCACUGCAGGGUGUACCCCUUUCUGAAGGCAUGAAGGUGUGGCAGAGCUCAGUGCUGAAUGCCAAACGCUCGUUUCAGGCAGUUUCACCAUCCUGAGGGGAUCGUUGUCUUGAGCCUCAAACCCUGGCAGCCUCUCUGUGCGGUGCAGGCUUCAGGGCCAGGCUUAUUCAUGCUGCCCAGGCCCUGCCUGUGCUGCCGGCAGCUUCAGAAGGAGGCAACGCAGGACUCUCCACACAGGAGCAGAUGGAGAGAACAGAAGUGGAGGGAAGGCUGAAGCAGAAUGUUUCAGGGUGAUCUCAGGUCCUUAGCAGUAUUGCUUGUAUAUAAUCUCCCCACUGUCACUAGCCUGGACAGACAGCAGGUGACAUUUAGGAAUAACUCCCUUCCUACCAAGCACUCAGCACCAUCCCCUGCGUAACAGAAAAACACACUAAAAAGGGAGCCGCUCCUGCAACUCUGUGGAUUUGUAAGAAUUAAAUACUCUUACUUAGUAUCAGUAAGAACCAUGCAGGUCUCUUUCCAUGCCUUCCCUGCAGGGAGGGAAAAUGCCUGGGGUCCCUUCAUGGUCCACAGAGGAGUCUCAGCUCAGGGCCUGGAGCCUUUUCCCUCCUCCUGCCUGGCCCUCAGCGUCUGGGGUUGUUCCUCACCCUUUUCCCCUCACCCUUUGCAGCUCUCCUCAGAGGCACCUGCAGCCCUGCUGCCAACACAUCAACACAGGCACCUAGUAGCCCUGAUAUCAGCUGUGGUACACAGGCAUAACUACCACCCUGCCCUUAGAAGUCCUGAGUCACUGUGAGCUAAGUGAACUGUUCUACCACUGUACCACAGACUGUAAACGCUGCUUCCAUAGAUCUUGUCCUGGUGUUUGAAGGGGUCCUAAGACUGCUGCAGAAGUGCAACAUUUUAUUAUAAAUGUUCUAAUAAGUCACAAAUAAUUCUUAUUCCUUUGGUGAAGAUGAUGUAAGGAAGAGGUUCUGAGGAACUAUAGCGAACUGGUGAGAAGAUCAGCGGCUGAUUUCUCACCUCACAGCCAUCGUCGGUUCGUAGCAGUAGCUGGUGGAAAAAGACUAAAUGGAAAGUGUAGAGUGUUUGUGAUUUUUUUUAAGAAGAAGCAAUCUGCUUUUUGUAUUUGUGACAGGACAGGUGGAAUCCAGAUUGCGUAUUUAUUUUAUAAAAAACACUUUCUAAGAAAAGAAAAAAAAAUCAUAAGCAUCAUUUAGUAAAAUGCAGUGUUGCAUUUUUCCAGUUUCUGGUCACUUAAGGCAACAAAAUACACAGUGUCAUGUUUUUCAUUCUCUUCAUGGGAUGUACAUCUGUUACAGUACUUAUUUAUGUACUUGUUGUAUCGCUUUGACUUGGUUUGAUAAAUUAAUAAACUCUGAA